AUGGCCAACGCUUUCUUCGUCUUGAUCUUGGCCCUGCUGGCCUCGUCGGCUCUUGCUCAGACCAAUGCUCCUGGAGCCUCUCCAGCCGCUUCCCCCAAGCGCUCCCCGGCGCCGGUUUCUGCUCGUCAAUCGCAUUCUCCUCCAGUGUCGUCUCCGCCGUCCAUGGCCCCCACAUCUGCCCCGACUGCCACCGGCACCCCACCGGCCUCGUCCCCCACCACCUCUCCUCCCGCUCCUCCGAUGUCCCCCGCCGUCUCGCCCACUGUCCAGCCAACCGUCUCUGCACCGAGCAUCAGCGAGACGCCGUUACAGGCUCCCGCUUCUCCACCUCCAAAGAGCGGUGCCGUUCUGGAAUGGGGCUCACUGUUUGGAUCUGCAGCCGCUGUUGCUCUGGCAGCUAGUUUGCUUCAGAUCUGA